CGUUGCUCGUCUCUGAGCUCGUGCUCAUUCAUGUUGCGAGGAGUGUGCUGCCUCGGUGCUCACCUGCUGCACAAAAGGCUACGAUGAGCAUCAGCCGCGCCGUUAUCCGGCAACACUGGUGCCAAGAAAACACUAAAUUACCGUUCAGUUGUGUCUCCCUGCAGUGCAGUCAAGUCACUUUCCGACGUUUGUCGGUGAAAUCAAAGUGCACGUGUGUCUUCGCGUGCCGACGAUUCACGGCAGGUUUAAUGUGCGCUAGGUAUAUACGAACUUUCGGCGCGCUCGUUCACAUGGAUUUUCUCACGAGCGCAUGAAAAUUGACGGGUCACAGAAUGUCACCCACUGUAAACAAGACCAACCUGACGGCGGAGAGCCGGGACGCCGCGGACCCGACCGAUGAAAACUGGCACGUCCUCUUCGGCGCGUGUCUCGCGCUCGCCGCCGUGAUCUGCGCUGGUGGCUUUUUCUCGCUCGUCUCUCUGCUCAGGACGAGGAGCAGAUCCGCCAUGUGCCUCAUUGUGGCCUCGCUGUCGGUGGAUGACUUGAUCUGCGUGGUGCCGCUUUGCCUUGCCAUGGCCCUGCAAUGGAGGAGAAACAACGAGACGGCGGAGGGUCGCGACGGAACUAUGUGCACUUUAUCUGGGCUCCUGUACGUUUUCCAAGGACUCUCGAGCAACAUAAAGGCGUGCCUCGUCGUGGCGUACGCGCUGUACGCGACCAAGCGCAUCGGAGCGCGCGAAGAGAGCAACGGAGAAGAAGCAAACGGAAGACGCGGUCGCGUGCUGUGCGCGCUCGCGCUGGUGUGGGUGCUGAGCCUGGUGGUGAGUGCGCUCCCGCUGUGCGGCUGGGGCCGCUUUGCGCGCGCCUCCCUCGGCUGCUUGCCGCACAGCGAUGACCUCUACGCGCCAUUCCUCUUCGCGCUGUACGCGCUGUGCGCUGGCGGAUUGGCGGUGUGCGCCGCGCCUCUCGCGCACCGGCUCCUUUGCUCCGCCGAGGCGCUCCAGCCCAGCGCUUUCACCUCUCUGUCUCGGGAGAGUUUAGAUAGGAGUUUUAGUGGGUUCGGGUCCCAUGUGGCAGGCAUGAGGAGUAAAAGCGAGACGUGUUCGUGCUCUUCGCCCGCCAGUGAGGUGCGCUUCGGGGAGGACGGUGUGCGCCGCUGCCCCGCCAGACUCUUCGCGCAGAAACGCUUCUCGCUGAUUUUGGCAAUGGCGCGAGUGCUGCUGUGGAUGCCGAUGAUGACGCAGAUCCUCGUCAGCCACAUCGUCCGGGCGCACUCCUCGUCUGUGGAGACGCUGUGCUUCUUCCUGACCUUGCUCUCAGCUGCUGUCACCCCGGUGUUCUGUCUCUCGGAGCGCUGGAUUCAUCUUCCCUGCGGCUGUUUCAUCAACUGCGGUCAGGAUGUCGGCUCCGUCUCCUCAGCUAUGCAUAAAAGGAGGUUUGAAUUCAACCUCUCCUUCCAGCAAGGUUACGGCAUUUACAAGAUACCUCACACACCCUCACCCUCUGUGGAGAAGCCGUGCUACAGCAGCCUGUACGAUCACGAUUUCUCCAAAAGCCGAGUCGCGAUUCUAAGCAGUGGACAGAUUACGAGUCUGGCCUCACGUGACUUCAGGAAGACGGCGGUCGAAGAGGAGGAGGAUUGCUCCCUCCGUGGCAAGCUCCUCUUGGACAGUGCAAGGCAGGUGAGAACAGAAGCUCCAGAGCAGCUGAACUCGGUGGAGCAGGACGCUUUUGGAAAGGUGUCUCCAGCUGUGUCAGGCUGUGACGGGGAGGACCUGAACCUCGACAAUUCUUCGGUUUUUGAUGGUCCAGAGAGGAGGCUCUCACACGAGGAGUGUCGCAAGAUUGAGCUGACCGACUGGGAGUGGUGCAGGAGCAAAUCGGAGAGGACGCCGAGACAGAGAUCUACAGGUGGCUUGGCGAUCCCUCUUUGUGCCUUCCAGGGCACUGUGUCCCUCCAAGCCCCGACAGGCAAAACCCUCUCACUCUCCACCUACGAAGUGAGCAGCGAUGGCCUCAGGAUCUCCCCCAACAACGCCAAGAAAGUCGAAGUGUACCGCUCCAAAUCUGUGGGCCACGAGCCCAGCGCCGAAGAGUCGAACUCCGGCUGCAGCGGUGGUGUAGGCGUGGCCGACACCAACGUGAAGAUCCAUCUGGAGGUUCUGGAGAUCUGUGACAACGAGGAGGCCAUGGACAGUGUUUCCAUUGUGUCAAACAUCAGCCAGUCUUCGACACACGCGCGUUCCCCAUCUCUGCGCUACUCCCGCCGCGAGAACCGCUUCGUAUCGUGUGAGCUAGGAGAGACAGCUUCAUACUCGCUGCUGAUUCCUGGAUCCAGCCCGGAUGCUGACGGCCUCAACAUACACAUCCCAGAUACAGUGGAGGCACACCGACAGAACAGCCGGCGCCAGCGCAGCGAGGCAGGAGGAUACCAUGAGGAGAUCCAGCUUCUCAACAAGGUCUACAAGAAACAGGAAGGAGAACCGGACAACUAACACGAGCAGACGCUUAAAGACUUUCGUCGAGGGCUGACUGAAACGGGUUUGAAUGUCUUCAGGGAAGGAGCUGGGAUGCUGUCCAUUUCAGACGAUUGCUAGAGAUCUGGAGUUCAACUCAUGCAGGAGAUGUAUGUAGCUUCUGGAAAAUAGAAAGUAGGUUCAAAGAUCUCAUAAUAGCAAAUUAUCAGAUUAGUAAAAAAAAAAAAAAAAAAAAAAAGGUAACAUUGAGACCCAUCACUGAUUUGUCCUUCUUGGGGAACAUUUAAAGGGUUUAUGUGGAAGGGUUGCAUUCCCAGUUAGCACUAUAAGUACCCGAAGUACCCAAAGUAAGUAAAUAUCCAUUUUUUCUCCGAUCAGUAUUAGCAUCUCAAAAGUAGUAUCGUUUAGAAAGGAUUUGAAAUGUGAAAGGUGUACUUUAUGCUACAUUACCUCAAAUGAAACACAGCCCCACAUUACACCCUCACUGUAGUAAAAGAUCAGGGUCUCAGCACACUUCACACAGACGGAUGUGAUCGAAAACCGAGGCGGUUCGUUCCAAGCAUCACGUACGUUUUACUAGCACGCUAAACCCUCCAUCCUCAACACUCAAUUUAUUUUAAUGGUCUCGUCUAUCACCUGUCUUUUUUAUCUUCUCCUUUUAAUUACUCUGGAGCACUCGUUUGCCGACUUAAUACAAAUCCCAAGCUUUUUUCUUCCUUCUUGGUAUUAGCGCCAGUAAUGAGGUGUCUCUUUGUCAGUCUUUGUUUUUGCCACCUGUGUGCCAGAGAGGUUUUGUUGCAUUUUGCACUCCAUUAGCAUGUCUCUGGGUAAAUACUAUAUAUAUACAUAUAUAUAUAUACAUACAUAUAUAUAUAUGUAUAUAUAAGGAAACAGUAAAAGCCGGUUACGGAAAGCCACUUGCAUAAAUGUAAUGUUGUUAGCCUGUUUUAAUCACCCUGAAAGAAGAUAAGGCCACUGGGAAUUCUCGCAGAUUACCACUCGCGCAUCAUUAGCAGGAACAGACGUCUUUCCUCAAACAGCUUAGAGGCACACUUCUCCCAAAUCAAUAACGCCAUCUGCAUGAUGUACAAGAGCCAUAAACAACAACAACAACAAUCGCAAAGGCUUUCGUUAUUUAUACUGCGGCCUGGGAAACCGCUUUCGCGUGGUCAGAUUUGGACGUACGUCUGAGUGGAAAUGGGAUUUUUGUUCCAGUUCCAGUAAAAGACAUCCAAACAGUAAUUAUCUGAAACGAGUGUUUAUUGAUUUAUUGAUUGUUAGCACUUGGCCGGGGUUGCGGUGGAUCCAGAGCCAAGCCCUUGGCACAGGAACGUUUACAGAGCUUUAAAAUAUUUACUAUGUAUUUCAUUCUCAUUAGCUUAGUGGUUAGCGUAUCUGUCUGACACCUUCAUGGGUUGAGGGUUCGGUUCCCGCCUCUCCCCUGUGUGCACAUGUUCUCCUGUGCUUUGGGGGUUUUCUUCAGGUUCUACAGUUUCCACCUCCAGUCCAAAUACAUGCCUUAUAGGAUGACUAGCAUCUCUAAAAUAUCCGUAGUGUACGUUUGGGCUCUGUGAUGAGUUCGCACCCAUGUCCAGUGCAUCCCCCAAUGUCUCCUGGGAUAGACUCCAUGUUCUGUAUGACCCAGGGUAGUUGGAAUUAUGCUAACUUCAUUUGGAUGGAACAGAAACCCAACAUGUUGACACUUCAGUGAAGAAUUUACAGUACAUAGCUCUUCAGCGUGAUCAAAUUCUUCUUCAUCAGAGAUUAUCAGUGUGUUUGGAAGACCGUUGAUGAUCAUUAUUGUCACGCUGUAUGAGAAUUAGCCGGAUUCUAUAACAGUCUGCGUGAUAAUACAUUAAAUAUCCUCUAACGAUAGAUCUGCGAUUAAUGAAAAUGAUUACAUUCUGACUACGUCAAAAAAAAAUCUGGAGCUUAGCUUGUGUCAUAGUUUUCAACUAUAGUUAUUUUUCUGUCCAAUAGUCUGUAUUAUCAUCAGCAACAGUGUUUGUAGCUUUCCUGCUGUUGGUGGUUUAAUUGAGACUCGUACAGUAGCUGCGCUCACAUUUAACACUAAAAAAAUGACCGAAAUUUGCGAAAAAUCUUUUUAUUUAUUUUAUAAUCUUUGUCUUGGUGUCUGUGGCCCACAUUUAUAUUCUAUGAUUUUUGUCUCAAAGUUGCAGACAUGAGUGGUUGAAUGUUUGUCAGAAACAGAAGAUAAACUGAUUCAAUUUUGGAAAUAAUCCAAGCAGGGUCGAGGUCAUAGCCAGGUCAAUUGAUUGAGAAGGAGAAGAAGGAGCAGGCAUGAUGGUGGAGGCAUCUCCGCAUGUCAGAUGGCAGCUUUAGCAUCAAAUUCAACUUUGCCAUUUUGUCUCUCAAUUCAGCCAGAGAGACAUCUGAUCCUUUAAUUGUUCCAGAUACAAAUGUAUCUGUCAUUGUAUAAGCAGGGAAAUGAACAAACAGGCUGCAAAUGUCUCAGUUACAGAGAUGAUUUGCUCUGGAGGUGAGCUGCAGCUUGUCAGGUGGGCAGGAUUUGGGUAAAAAGGCAAACAAUAAAUCAAGGUAAGAUGCAGAAUGAGUGAGUGAGUGUGUGAGUGUGUGUGUGAGUGAGUGAGUGUGUGAGUGAGUGAGUGAGUAAGUGUGUGAGUGUGUGUGUGAG